AAAAACAAAACACGCUCGCUGAUCUAAAUCUAAUUGAAGUUGAGUAAAUCCUUUUAAAAAUGCCAGUGUGCUCCGCGUAUAAGUGCAAGAAGCGUUCAGACAGAGAGUAUAAAGAGGCAUACAAGAGGGGCGAGUUUUCUUUUCACAAAUUCCCGCUGGAGGACGGCCUGAGGGUCCGAGAAUGGCUCCGGCGGAUGAGAUGGCAGAACUGGUGGCCCACUGGAAACUCUGUCCUGUGCUCGGACCAUUUCGAGAAGGACUGCUUUGAGCAAGUGGGCAGCCACAAAAGACUGCGAAAAAGUGCUGUCCCGACUAUCUUUAAUUUCCCUAAGCAUCUCCAGUGGAAGGUGCCAGCUGUCAAAAGGCGAUCUCUGAAUCGUACGCCGGUUGCAGUGCCUAUUAAACCAAAACCAACCCUAGUGUCAGCACCAGUAACACCACGGCUUGAAGGGACAUUUGUUCGUGUGAAUGUGGAUUCAAAUGGUUCCAGCCGUGGACUCUUUCACGCUGGCAGCUUCCACGAUGACUACUGCAAACCUCAGAGCUUUCACUGGAUGAAGCUGUCGGAGGGUGAUGGCGAAUCUGAUGAUGACUCUAGUGACCCUGAAAGUGAUGUCACCAGUGAUGAUGCACCUCUUGAAACCCCUCAAAAUCCAAACUCCAAGUUUAUCAAGGUGACAGAGAGAUGGCAGUGGCUGAGUAUAGAUGUAACCGGGCCAUUUCAAGAAAGCAAAGGCCCCUACAGUCACAUCGUGGUCAUCUGUGACUAUUACACCAAGUGGAUUGAAAUUUUCCCGACAGAAAAGCCUAAUUCUGAUUCUGUUGCCCUGCUUAUGUGUGAUGCCAUUUCCCGAUAUGGUUUUCCUCUAGGGUUUCUCACUCCUUGGGGAGCAAGAGGGAUUCAGGUCAGAACGGUUAACAGAGCACUGAAUAACAUUUUGAUGAUAAAGGAUAUUUCCCUUGUCUCUCGACAUCACCAGGCGUCACAGCUGGAGCCACACACUCAGUAUCACAUUAUCAACAUGGUAGAAAAUCUGGUAAAGAAGCAUCCAGACAGUUGGCAUGUUCAUUUGCCUGUUAGCGUGCUGCGAUUUAACUGCAGUGUCCAUCCAGAAACCAAACACAGACCCUUGGUUCUUCAUCGGUGUGAGGGAAAAAAGCCUUAUACAUCACCCAGAGAUCAGCCACUCAGUGAAGAUGAUCUUGCAAAGUACUCAUUCAAAAUCCAGAAACCAAAUCCUUUAAAAGAAAUUGAGGCACUUAAACGAAUAUUCCGAGAGUCAGCGGAUUGCAUUGUUAUUUCAUGAAGCAAGCUCUGGUGUGGCUGAAUAUCAUUACUGGAGUGUGAGGAAGAAGCUCUGUACAGAACGUAUCAAUGAAGGGAUGGAGGAUAAUGAACCCUGGAGUCCAGAGAGACUGUUAUUAUGAUUGUGACUUUCAUAUUGAAAUAUAUUGCAACAUUGUGAAUAAAUACCUUUUUAAUGGUAUACAA